AUGGCAUCUUACUUGGAACGUGCCGGUAUAUCCACCUGGUCACGGGCAAAUUUUGUUGGUAAUCGGUACAACAUUAUGACGAAUAACAUUGCGGAGUCACUGAAUUCAGUCCUAAGGCAACAACGAAGUUUCUCUAUAACCUCGUUGGUCGAAAAUAUUACGUCAUUGAUGCAACGAUGGUUCUACGAAAGAAAAAGAGAAUCCACGAAAUGUAGUACGACUAUGACACCAAAAAUUGAUGAGGAAUUGAGAAAAUCAUUCGACGCCGGUGCAACUUUACCAAUGCGACAAAUCCCAUGUUCACAUGCAUCCCGAGCUGCUUGCGCAAAAGAAAAAUCAUUGUAUGAUUUGUACUCCCCUUACUACACCAUAGAAUGUUGGCGAACUGCAUACAACGAAGUUCUUCACCCCAUUGGCCAAGAGUCAGAUGGGGUUGUUCCUCGGUCUAUUCAUUCCAUUGAAGUUUUGCCCCCGAGUAUACGUAGAGUACCAGGUCGACCUCCUACCCAACGUCAACGGUCAAUAACUGAAAGUGCAUAUUCAAGUAAAGUCCAUCCUUUUAUAGUGGAGAAACACUUGUCUGUUGAAUGCAUGAGAAGAUAUCUCACCAACCAAUAUGUUUUUGCAGUUAUUACUCUAAUUGGUUGCCUUCACUCUUCAUUAAAAUUGGUUGGAUCAUAUUUAUCUUGA